AUGCAAAAGGCAAUGAAAAGCGCAGAAUAUAUAAAAGCUAAUAAUGACUGGUUAGAUGCCCAAGCCAACGCUAAAGCAGCCCAACUUAUAGGGUCAAUAAGGACAAAAAUACAAGCGGAAGAAGACAGUUCAAAUGAAGCUUUAAUGAAUGCUGACUUUAAGAACGCCUUCGAAGCUCUUCAUAGUAAGGUGAAACAAGUGAACGACUUCUCAUCUGGAAAGAAACUGAAGUCUGAAGGUUUCGACAAAGAGUUAAGAGAAGUAGCACAAAAUAUGACGAAAAUAACAGAUGCAGCAACGAGACAGGCAGUUCAAAGUGCCUAUGACGCCGUUAGAGCAACUGUUGUGGAAAGUCAAGAAAAAGAGUUACAACAGACCAAAACAGACCUAGUAAAUGCUUUCUUAAAAACGAAAAGUCAGGUAGGACAUUAUGCUGCAGAUGGAACAUAUGUGCCAGCUGGUGGAACUUAUAUACCAGCUGGUGGAACUUAUAUACUAGCUAGUGGAACUUAUAUACCACCAAACCCUCCAAGAGAAGCACCUGCACCAGGACUACCUAAAACAUUUACAUCGUCACAUGGACACAGACACAGGCAUGCACCAAAACCAACACAACAACCAACAGUUCAAAAUCCAGCACAACAACCAACACAACAACCAACAGUUCAAAAUCCAGCACAACAACAACAACCAGCACAACAACCACCUCCACAACCAGCACAGCAACCAACAGUUCAAAACCCUGCACAACAACAACCACAAACAGAGCAAGGACAUAAAAGAAGUAGAGAACAAGGAAACCAAGAAUUCUUAAAAAUGCUAAAGGAAGAUUAUGGUUACCCAGAUACUCUUGACUUUAGUGACAGAUAUAAAGAAGCUAUUAGAAAGUUCAAGGAAGGAAAUACUGACCCGAACCUAUUUAGCUUUAUGGCUCAGCACCAAAUGGGAUAUAAUUUCAAACCUGGAAAAUACAAGCUCGCUAAGGGAUAUGAUUUAAUAGCAUAUCAUCCAAAUGACAUGACUGAAUUUACUCCGAGAUAUUUGGUGUCAGAGCUAAAUGAUAAUUCAACUCUCUUCAUGAAACGCGUAAAAAAUAGAGACAGAACGAAAGAAGAAAGGUUUAUGAGUCCGGAUGACUUAGAUAGGGAACUUGUUAAAAACGGUCUCGGAAUAUAUGAAAUGCCAGCAGAUGAGGUACAAGAAACUCCACAGGAAGAAGUUCAGAUACAACCAGACAUGGAAGAAAUAGUUCAGCAACAACAGCUAGAAGAGCCUGAAGGAAACGAACAAGUCCCUCCUUUGGAAACUAACUUCACAGAACUAGAUGAAGAUUUGGAACAGCCGAAAAAUCUUGACCCUCAACAAGAGUAUGAGGUGAAUAUGGAAUCUUUCCAAGAGUCUAAGAAAAAUUCGGCUGACAUGGUAGAAGAAUAUCGAAAAAUGUUUGCCGACAUACAAAAGACUCCAACACCAGAUGAAAAUAUUCAGCAUAGAAUGGAAGUACUGAAAGAAAAUGUACGCAAAUACAAUAACCCUUUUUACUUACGACCAUAUAACGUUCAAUCUUUGGCUGAACUCG